UGGAACAGCCUAUUUCCUGGUUUGCUGGCUGUGAUUGGAGGCCUCAGGGUGCAGCAGGUGAAACCAGAGAAGCUGUUAUGAGCACACCUGAGAGACACGCCCAUCUUUGUUCCUGCCAGUUUCUGUUGUGAGUGUGGAAGAAAUGGCAGCAGCAACUAUUUCUAUAGAACAAGACCAGUUUUGUUGUUCGGUGUGCCUUGAGAUUUUGAGAGACCCGGUGACGAUCCCGUGUGGACACAGCUACUGCCUGGACUGCAUUGAAGACUACUGGAACAGAGCCAAGCAGAAGGGCCAAUACAGCUGCCCUCAGUGUAGACAGGUGUUCAAUCCCAGACCUCUGCUGAGCAGAAACACUGUCCUGGGUGAAGUGGUGGAGAAGUUACAGCAGUCCGGAUUUCAAGUUCCACCUCAAACCGUGUCCAAAGCAGAGGAGGUGAAGUGCAGCGAGUGCACAGUGAGGAAAACCAAAGCUGUUAAGUCAUGCCUUGUGUGUUUGGAGUCGUACUGUGGGGCUCACCUGAGAGUCCACGAGGAUCGCUUUCAUGGCAAGGCACACAUGUUGAUCCCAGCUUCAGACCAGCUGAGGGAGAAGCUGUGCCCGCAGCAUGAUAAGGUACUGAGGCUGUACUGCCGCACUGACCAGCAGUGUGUGUGUUCACAGUGUCUUAAAGGGAGACACAAGGGCCACGAUGCAGUCACUAUGGUGGACGAGAGAGCAGCACAACAGAAAAACCUCCAGGAAUCAUCUUUGAAGUCGCUGCAGAAAAUGAAGGAUGCAGAGAAGGAAAUCAGAUAUGUUGUCAGAUACAUAAAGCACUCCACAGAGGCAGUGGUGGAGGAGAGCGAGAGGAUUUUCUCAAAGCUGAUCCGCUCCAUAGAGAAGCAGAGUGGCGAGGUGAAGGAGCAGAUCAGAGGGCAGCAGAGAGUGGCUGUCAGUCAGGCUGAGGAGCUGCUGGAGAAGAUCCAGAGGGAGACAGUGGAGCUGAGGAGGAGCGACGCUGAGCUGGAGAAGCUCUGUCGCACCGAGGACCACCUCCACUUCCUGCAGAAGUGCAAGUCUCUUCACUUCCCUGUGAAGUCUGUGGAGAUGCCCGACACUGACGCUCUUCAGUAUCUCAUGUAUAAAACCAUGAGAGGAGCUCUGGCUGACCUCAAAGACAGUCUGGAUGAAACACUUGAGAAAGACUUCGACAGAAUCUCUGAGAAAGUCAUGUCACUGAAGGAAACAAGCAAUCAAAUAACCUCUGAAAAAGCUAAAGCCAAAAACACAGAUCAUUCCUACAACUCAGAACCGAAGACCAGAGCCGAUUUCCUACAAUAUUACAAUGAAGUCACCCUCGACCCGAGCACAGCCAACCCGUAUCUCUCCUUCUUCAAUGGUCAUAGAGGAGUGACCACACGUUUAGAGCCUCAGACGUACCCGGACCACCCGCAGCGCUUCACCAGCUGGGCUCAAGUGCUGUGCAAAGCCGGGAUGGCUGGACGCUGCUACUGGGAGGUGGAAUGGGCCGGUAAUGGAGGGGUUUCUAUCGGCGUCUGCUACAAAAACAUGAACCGGAGCGGAGGAGGGAGCGACUGCAAGCUCGGACACAACUCCAAAUCCUGGAGCCUGGACUGCUCCCCCUCAUCGUGUUCGUUUCAGCACAAUAAGGAGAGUGUGACCAUCACUGCUCCUAAAUGCAGCAGCAGGAUAGGAUUGUUUCUGGACUUCAGGGCUGGGACUUUCGCAGUAUAUAAUGUUUCUGAUACAAUGGUUUUGCUCCAUAAAGUCAAGGCGACGUUCACGCAGCCCGUAUACCCAGGAUUCUGGGUGGGGUUGGGUUCCACGUUGCAGCUGUGCUCUCUUUAAAUGUAAAAAUUAACUGCACUCCAUCAGAGGGAAAAGUCCUUAAGAUACCUUUAAAGCACUGGGUUAAGAAAAAGGAUGACACAGAGCCAGGUUUUUGUGCUCAAAACGUUGCAUUUUAUUAACCAUGCAAGCAGAGAGCAGCAACACUUUGGUGGAGCAGGUAAAGAGGUGUGGGAGCUUAGAUCUUAUUGAAGGCAGCAACAUCUACACUCUGGACCUGCAGAGACAGAGAAGAAUAACACAAAUAUUUAUGAUGUUACAAUGUGAAUUAUUGAUCACUCUAUUUUAAUUAUAAAUCUUUAAUUAAUAAAGUAUUCACAACCUACAAAUAUUUCCUUUCUCAAGUAUUUAAGGCAAAUGUUUUGGAAACUGGCGUUCUGGUAAGAUUCAGAUAACGAUAUGAAUCUCAGUUGACUUUGGGCUUAGUUAAGACUGGCCCUGUUUAAAGUACCUUAACUGAUUUCACCUACCAACAUCUCUGAAGCAAUUUCAUUCAAUCGCCUUAUAUUGUUUUAGUAAUCAAUUAAAAACAUUUAAGCAAAAAAAACAAUCCCUCGUUCUGCAGGGAAUCAUGUGCUUAGGCAUUAGUUGUGAGAACCAUGACUCAGGUGCUCCAAAGUGGAUCUGUACUUACUGUUCCUUUUCUUUUCAAUGUGUUCAACUGAGACAGAUAUCAGAGUAAUAUCCACGUUACUGAACUCUGAACUGAACUUUAACCGAUUUAUCAACAUUUGUGGGACAUGAUAUCUAAUCCUGAAAGGACAAUUAUGUUCUUUUAACCAUAAAAGGCUUGGUUUAAAAAAUAAAAGAUUAUUUGAAACAUC